GAAAAAAUAACAUGACAAAGCAUUGCUGUUUCUAUGGUUACUACCACCCUGUUUCGUGUAGCUGCGCCCAUAAUCUAACCUAAACGCGCAGAAGAAGAGAGCGCGAGUUAAAAUGAUGGCAACCAAACAAACACGCACCACUUCAUAACUGCAUUCACUUUUAACGUCAAAGUUUUAUUUCUACGCGUUUAUCGACAAGUUACUAACUCCAACGGUUAAUUCGUGUACUUUCUCCGACACACUUUAGUUUGUCGUGAUCUAACGUUAGUCAGGACUUGCAAUGGACAUUAAUGCGCGCGGACCGCUACUGAUGUGUACAAUCAACAGGGGAUAAACGACGGAUCAACGACUUUGUUAUGAGGGACAGACUGGCCGAUUUAAACGCGGGCAGGCAAAGUGCCAGCGAAGAUGGGGGUGUCAUUGUGUCCAUGGAGAGAGAUGACUUUAUGCAGACCUUUUUCAGAAAGGUGGAGGAGGUCAGAGGUGUCAUUGAUAAGAUCUCCUCCCUAGUGAAUGAGGUGAAGAAGAAACAUUGUGUGAUCCUUUCAGCCCCCAACCCUGAUGAAAAAACAAAAGAAGAGCUGGAACAACUCACUGUGGAAAUCAAGAAACAUGCCAACUUUGUCCGGAGCAGCCUCAAAUCAAUGCAAAAGAAUCUACCUCCAGAUGAGCAGGAAUAUGCAGUGGAUGCACGCAUUCAGAAAACACAAUACACCAACUUGUCACGUAAGUUUGUGGAGGCAAUGACACAAUAUAAUGAAACCCAAGUGUCCUUCAGAGAGAAGAGCAAAAGCAGGAUUCAGAGACAGCUGGAGAUCACUGGAAGAAUUACAACUAAUGAGGAAUUGGAAGAGAUGCUGGAGACUGGAAACCCUUCCAUUUUCACCUCUGAUAUCAUCUCCGACUCCAAGAUAACUCGACAGGCCCUCAACGAGAUCGAGUCUAGACAUAAAGACAUCUUGCGGCUGGAGUCCAGCAUUAAAGAGCUACAUGACAUGUUUGUAGACAUGGCCAUGCUUGUUGAGACUCAGGGUGAGAUGAUUGACAACAUUGAAAAGAACGUAAACAAUGCAGUAGAAUACGUCGACCAUGCUAAAGUGGAGACCAAGAAAGCUGUCAGGUACCAGACACAGGCCCGCAGGAAAUACAUCAUUCUUGCUCUUAUUCUUUUGUCCGUGCUUGGUGUGGUUGUGCUAAUUGUUGGCUUGUCUGUGGGCCUGUCUGCUAAAACCACCACUAACUCCGCCUCCUCCAGUUCUAAUGCAGGCAAUCCUGUCUAAGCAUGGUUACCAAGAAACUGGUCUAUGUUAGCAUUUGUGGAGCCGUGUGCAUCAUCAUUCUUCUCGUCAUCAUUGUCUUUGCAGUUUACAGCGAAAACAAAUAGUUUUUUGUCCUGCUACAUACAGUCAAAGACUUUCCUCUGAGUUGUAUGCCUUGCCACUUACUAUAGCAACCAGAGGUAAUUUUCUGUCUUUUAUUUAUUCAAUGCUGGUAAGUCAAUUUUGCACAAUUGAGUAAUAUUUUCUAAUAUUACAAUAUGUUUCUUUGGGUACUUCAUUCUUUGGGAGGUCUGACUGACAAUGUGGAGUUAAAUGCAAUCCAAUAAAGUGCACUUAAGAUAUGCUUUAAUAAAUAAAUAAAAAAGGGAGUCACAAGUUCAAAAUAAUUUGUUUCAGCUUUUACGACUGUUCGAUAUGACAGUUGUCUCCACACAAUAUGAGGUCAGAUCUGUGAACAAUGUUACUAAAUAAGUUUUAAUCACUUAAUGUUUUUCUUUUUUGUCUCUUGCAUAUGACUGUAUGUGAAAGGAAUGUUACCAAAAAGUCAAAUGCUCACAAAGUAUAUUGUAAAAUAAAUGAGUUGCUCACUCUGCUCAAAACUGUCA